ACUCAAUUAUCUGCCGCUGCCCUGAGCUCCACAGAAAAACGCCGAUUCCUUGAAUGUGAAUUGUCGCCCUAUUUUCAACGCUCUACUAACUCUUCCACCUCACUAAUACAGAGAUACCUAUUUAUCUGCUUUUCAAGCAUUUGAGUCUACCAAAAAUCUUGAAACGCAAGUAGGGACAUGUAGGCGCCGUAUCGAGUAUCGCCGAUCGUCCCGACUACCACGUGUCGAUGUAUCCUCAUGAGGACAAAUUUCUAUUUUCAGUCAGCGGGGCCGAACGAGGGAUCUACGGCGAAUCCGGACUACCCCCGCGAGACAUCGGAACAUGAAGAACAUGGUGCCUCUUCUACUGAUGAUCAAUCUUCAAGUCACGGUGUGAAAAUUGAAAGUCCGAGUUCUGGCACUAGUUUAAGUCAGUACGAUUCAGCGGUCGGACGUUCUUCAAUCUCAUCCGAAAGGUAUUCCGCCGGGGUAGAUCGGGUAACAACCAUCUACCAAAAUGACCCGAGCCCAUCCUCAUUGCCUUACAGGCAUUCAGUCUCAUCGCCGCGUGAGCAGAAAUACUUGCCUGAAAGUGAAGACUCUUCUCAAAAGUCGCCGGCUAGCACCGACGCUCGAUCUACGGGACUAGCGCGAAGCCGAACACGCCACCAUCUCCAACCAGAGGUAUGGGAACGCCACAAGGAGGAAAUACAUGAUUUAUACAUCGGAGAAAACAAGUCUUUGAACGAGUUGAUGGAAAUUAUGCAAGGGAAGGGCUUCGUGGCCACUCCUCGCAUGUACAAGGCAAAGUUCGCACAAUGGGGUUUUGUUAAGAAUAAUAAGAAGAAAGACGUGGCCAUGAUGGUACGACUCCAACGCGAGCGUGGUGCCGUGGGUAAACCCACCGCUUUCCGUCGUCAUGGGAGGUCGGUCGAUAUCGAAACCUACAUGAGGAGAAAAGGUAUCUCAACUCGAGACCUUGAUGCACCUGUUGCCGAUGCCGACCUACCAGAAUACCUACGAGCUCUCACGCCUCCGCCGGCAGAACCUGAACAUAUGACUCUACCAUCUCAUCUCCAUGCUCAGGAACUUGUCGUGUCAUGUUUCAAGGACCUCACUCUGGGUUGGAGAGACUCGAUGACGUCCCCAGCAUCCUUCGAGGGCGAUUUUGAUAUCUAUUUCGAUGGGGAAUUAUGUGAGGCUACAAGAGACUUUAGCAGAGCCUGUUGGUUCUUCUCUAAGAGUCAUACCUCACUCGGUGCUUUGCUUAGUCAACGUGCCUUCUCUUCGUUACAUCUUGUUAUCAAGACCCCCUCUGCGCUUGGUUUGUUUGAUUUGCUAAUAGCUAGUGUUAUAUCUCCUGACCACGGACUAGCUAAAGAGCUAUGGAAGUAUCUCGCGGGGUACGCGGAAGCGACCAUGGGACCUUCGAAUACUCUCUGUCGACUAUUCAAGUCAUUGGACGAGGUGUUCCGCAAUGAUUCGCUCGAAACUGGUGUAGAUUUUAUUUUCAGCUGUAUGGAGAGUAUUAUCGGUAUGUUACUCGAGACGAAUGAGUUCACACAGACCGUCGUACCUUCACUUAGCUUCUUUCUGUUAGGCGAUUUGAUCCUCUUCAACUCAACAAGGACCAAUUUGCCAUCUCUCCAGAGAGCAGCCGCUUCUACAUCUACGAUAGUAUCGUCUCAAGAUUCUGCACAAGAUGACCGUCGCUCGUUUGGUGUAAUGAAACUCAUCGAGCCAGCGGCGCACCUUUGGCAAAAUGGACCCCGCGACGAACUUUCAAUUCAAUUAGCCUAUGCAUUUCUACAACUUGCAGACGAGGUAACAAGUCGGUACAAUUGGUCAUACUGGGUUGCCUGGAGAGUGAUUGCACAUUUCCAUCGUAGUAAAUGCGGUGAAGAUGAAUCCUCGGUGAAAGACAAUCCACGACAUGCAUUGGCUCGAUACGCCUUAGAAAAGGCUAUCGACACAGCUGAGGCGGGCCGUGGCUUUGGUGAAACGCAGAUUUUCGAAAAUAUGCAGACGCUAGAAGAAUGGCAUCGCGAAGCGAGAGAUGCCACUCAAGAAUUAGCGGUAAGACGACGAAGGGAGAAGGGAUUAAGGGAUUAUUUUGAGACACUGCAGCGAAGUCGCGGCGUGGAGAUGUCUAAGACCCCAACUUCGCAAUGAAAUUUGAGGACUUCUUUUCGUCGAUUGUAUUAUUAUUACGGGCUUUUAAUCGGUAUCAUGGAUUGCCGUUGUGGAAUUACCCUCGAGGACAGACGCUUUAGGUCUGCAAUGACACGGCAGUAAUGUAUUAUAACAACUUGAAACCUCAAAAAUCUACAAGAUAUUUAAUUGAUAUCUUAUAUAUAUUAUAUUAAGUAUCAU